GGCACAAUGUUGUACUUGGCGGAAGUUGUCAUCGUCUCCAUGGUGAUAGAGUCGUGUAUACGCGAGAGACGGCUUCAUCCAGGGGCUGUAGGUAACGGCUCCUAUUUCGGGUCGCUGUGUGUGUACGAGGCAGUUGUAGGCAGCAUGGAGGAGGCAGAUUCACAGGGGCUGCAGACAAGACUAGUGCAGAACCAGCCGUAUGACGAAAGCCUGGAGAUCAACGACUCCGAAGAGGUAGCCAGCAUUCAUUCUCCAACCCCAAGAAAACCAGUUCCUCUUAAGCAUUCUUCGGAUAAAAGAAAAGUCAUGACAGACCCCAAUAUUAGCAGUGAAGAGGAAAGUACUACGAAGAAGAAAGAAUCUCAUAGUGCCCCACACCAGGAAUUAAGUGAAGAUGAAAAUACAGAGGAUUCAGAAGAGGGAAAUGAGGACGAUGAUGAUGAUGAUGACGAUGAUGAUGAUGAUGAUGAGGAAGAUGACGAAGAUGAAGAAAAUGGUUCUUCAAAUGUUGGUUAUGAUCCUGCAGAUUUUGAGCAUCUUCCAGUAACACCUGAAAUUAAAGAGUUGUUCCAGUAUAUCACUAGAUAUACACCACAUGCCAUAGAUUUGGACCACAAGUUGAAACCAUUUAUCCCAGACUUUAUUCCUGCUGUGGGAGAUAUUGAUGCCUUUCUAAAGGUUCCACGACCUGAUAAUAAACCAGAUAGGCUUGGUCUUCUAACUCUUGAUGAACCAUCCACAAAACAGUCAGAUCCCACAGUAAUGGCACUCUGGCUGUCAGAGAACUCCAAGCAACACAGUGUUGCACACCAGCAGAUAAAAGUCAAGAGUUUAGAAAAUGCAGAGAAGAAUCAUAAAGCCAUUGAUACCUGGAUCGAAAGUAUCAGUGAAUUACAUCGUUCAAAACCUCCAGCCUCUGUUCACUACAGCAGACCUAUGCCUGAAGUCGAAACUCUGAUGCAGGAAUGGCCUUUGGAGUUUGAGGAAUGCCUUGGAAAGAUAAGUCUACCAACUGCAGAAUUGGACUGUGAUCUUGCCACGUACAUUGAUAUGAUACUCGCUCUGCUGGACAUCCCUGUUUACAAGAGCCGAGUACAAUCAUUACACAUUCUGUUUUCUCUUUAUUCAGAAUUUAAGAACUCUCAACAUUUCAAAACUUUGGCAGAGGGGAAGAAAGAGACAAACUCCUCUGGGAAGACUGUAACAAGUGCAGAUACAGAACGUGUACUCUACAGUUAAAGAACACCUCCAUUUCUGUCACUGCAUUUUUGACUUGUUAAAAGUUGUUAACAGUUGUGGUCUGAGUGCUCCCACCCCGAGGCAUCUCUAAAUAUCGCUGCAAAAAGCAUGUUGGGAAUUUGGGCUGGUGGGUAUCUUUUUUUUUUUUUUUUUUUCCCCACUUUAGAAAAAAAUUGUCUCACUGGAAAAUAUCAAACAGAAACUACGUGUCGUGUUGGCCUUUGUAUGUGUAUAUAAUAUUUUUUUGUAGUUUAAUUUAAUAUAAUUUACAUUUAAUAAACAUGUUCAACCUAUUUUACCAAAAAUUUACAAAAACUUUUAUUGGCUAUUGACAUGUCACAUAUGGAAAUUAGUUCACCCUUCUACUCAUGUUACACCCCUGAAUGUACAGUUAGUGAUGUCACUGUGCAGGCAUAAUUCUUACAAUGAUGUCUCAGACUUGACUUAAAGUGAUUUAUAAAUAGACAGAGAACAUUUAUUCUAUGUUCACAUGUUUAACGUUAGGUCCUGUUUUAGAUGCAGAUUUCUCACCUAUAUUAAAACUGAAUUUAAUUUGGAUAUUUUAUGCCGUUUGAAUUCUCUCAGAUAAUCUGUAUGGAAUAUUAGCCAAAAUACAAAAAAAUGCUUAUUAUUAACCCCUUCCCGAAAAUGGAACUAUAAAUACGUCCAUUCCAUUGAGUUAGCGCAAAUGGACAUGUCUGUAUGAUAUGUAUAUGUGUGUGUGUGUGUGUGUGUGUGUGUAUAUAUAUAUAUAUAAGACAAUUAAGAAAAAGCACAUAAGGGCAAACACCAAUAGAUAAGCAAUAUAUACUUUAUUGAAUCAUAUGAAAAAACACAGUGGCCCUGACUCUUUUUCUCGGUUAUUGCGCCUAAAUUUUAGUCGCAACGUCUGUGCGACUAUUUAUUAAACCAAAUUUUAGUCGCACAACCGACACUUUAGAAAACAUUGUUUUUUUUAACUCUGAAAUGAGCGUGUUUUAUGCAAAAAUGGGCGUUUUACCGACAAAAAACUAAAAAUAUUUGUAGUACUUCCAAAAUCACUCGAGAAAGUGUGUGUUUGCCUCAAACAAUAACCGACAGCCAAGAGGCCUAGUGAAAUUCCAAAAAUGGAGUGAUUUCUAACAAGGGACUGUUUGUCAUUGUGUUUUAUGUGAAAGUAACUUGUUUUACAACCUGAAAACAUUUUGUACAGUUAAACACUUUUAUUAAUAAAAUAUUGAAUGCUUUUGUGAUA